GAUAAAAAUUUAUAUAGUCGCUGCGCUAUUACGUACGAAUGUCGUCACGUCCUCGUGAUCUUGUCCGCCAUUUUGUCUGGAGCUAUCUGGAUAGAAGUCUUUCCAUUUACAUCUGUAAAUUAGAAAUAUACGAUAAUGGCAUCUAGAAAAAAAGUUCUUUUGAAAGUAAUUAUACUUGGAGAUAGUGGUGUCGGAAAGACCUCUCUAAUGAAUCAAUAUGUGAACAAGAAAUUUAGUAAUCAAUAUAAAGCAACUAUUGGAGCAGAUUUUCUUACAAAGGAAGUGAUGGUAGAUGAUCGGUUAGUUACAAUGCAGAUCUGGGAUACUGCAGGACAGGAACGAUUUCAAUCUUUAGGAGUAGCAUUUUAUAGAGGAGCUGAUUGCUGUGUAUUAGUAUUUGAUGUCACUGCACCAAGUACCUUCAAGUCAUUAGAUUCCUGGAGAGAUGAAUUCUUGAUUCAGGCUUCACCUAGAGAUCCUGAGAAUUUUCCAUUUGUAGUUGUUGGAAAUAAAAUUGAUUUGGAAAACAGAGCUGUAAGUAAACUCAAAGCUUACAAAAUUUGAAUUUUUAUUACUAUA